CAUAAAAGAAUCACGUGUCAAAAAUAUGAUGAAAAAUUCUUAAUAAGUUUGAGAUUAUUUUAGACUCAAGAUCCGCUAGACUCAUUGGAUUCAGGUAAGGGUCCAGAUUUUCGAGACCAUGUGGGUCUGGGUCUACAUCAAAACUAGUCUUCUAUGCACGCGAUGCUUGCGUCGAUUAUUUGGGUCUUUUUAAUAAAUUUCAUCAAAAUAUAAUUAUAGAAGUGUGAUUUAUAAUUAUUGUUAUACAAUUAUUGUGCUCUAUAAAGUUUUUAAAAAUUGAGAUAAACAUUUAGAUGUAAAAUUUUGUAGUCAAAUUAAAUUUGUACUUUUUUUCUUGAGUAACCUUUUAUCUCAUUAUGUCAAGUUACUUUGUUAAUGAUUAUUUAGUUUAUUAUUGUAAUUUUUGACCCAUCUUUAAAUUAGGAAAUGAUAUAAUUGUAAAAAAUCUAAAUAUCCAAUUAAGUAUAUAUAUUUGACUAGCGAUAAAAAAAAUAUUUCAUUAAGGGACACCAUAGCUCGCCUUGGCUUAUAUAAUAGAGAUUUACGGGUCUUGGUGUAGCUGGACGCCUGGACCAACCCCAGAUCCUACCCAUGCUGGCCCAUCCCUGUUACCACCUCCCGACUGCAGACAUUUCACAUGUCAGUCAUAUGUACAGUCUGGUUUCCUGCAUUAAAUCAGACCGAAGAGUUCACACUUCAUAGUCAAAGGCUUGCGUCCCUUAAAUUUUAAUCGUGUUCAAAAGAACUCCCAGGAAACAAACUCAAACCAAGUUUCCUGAGAAAAAUGUCUAAGAGUGAGAUUGAUUACGAGUGUAAUAGUGAUGAAGCCCUAAAUUCACCCUUUAGUAGGGUAUAUCUUUGCCCAGAAACUGAGCAAAUAAUCAACUGUGCUAUGGGUUUAAAGUAUCCAAUUGAUGUAGAAGCCCUAAAGAAUGCAUUUUCAAACUCCAUGGUAAAACACCCAAGAUUUUGCAGCCUCGUAGUAAGAAACCCUAAUGGUGGAGAACACUGGAAAAGAACUCAUGUUAACAUUGAUGAUCACUUCAUCCUCCACCACACCACCAAAACAAACACCAACCACCUCAACGACGAUGUCGAAGACGAAGAAGCCGCCGUAAAUGCUUACUUAGCUGAUAUUGCAGUGUCAACUCCACUAAGCAAAAAUAAGCCAUUAUGGGAGGUCCAUGUUUUAAUGGAGUUAAAAUGUGUAGUGUUAAGAGUUCAUCAUACAUUGGGUGAUGGGGUUUCUUUGAUGUCAAUGCUUUCUGCUUGCUUUGGUCAAAGGAAAGAGAAAAAAUGUAAUGUAAAAGAUCAUAGUCAUGAAAAGAGGAAGUGGAAAGUAAGAGGAAUAUGGGGGUUAAUGAAGAGUUUGUGGUUAACACUUGUGUUUGGGCUGAGGUUGUUAGGGAGAAUUUUGUGGGUGAAAGAUGAAAAAAGUUUGUUUAGUGGGGGUGAUGGAAUUGAGCUUUGGCCAAGGAAAGUGAUUACUGCCAACUUUAAGGUUGAGGACUUUAAGUCUAUCAAAAAGGUCAUUCCUAAUGUUACUGUAAACGACGUGCUCUUAGGGAUGAUAUCAUAUGGUCUUGCGAAGUACGUAGAUGUCAAUUCACCAGAAGCUAUGCGGCAAAACCUUGAAGUCACUGCUAUCCUGGUGGUCAACCUACGCGAAAACCGUUGCAAACAGGUCACCUUUCCUUUUAUUUUUCUGGUUUCAUUUGCUAAAUAUGAUGAAUGUUGUGUCUUGUCUUAACGAGCUGAACGAGUUUGAGUUUGGAAUUGCUUGGCUUAGUUUAUAAACACGUAGGGUUUGUUAUUGUUCAACAUGUUGAUCUUAUUUUCAAUUCUUAUAAAAAAAUAAGUUUAGUUAAGUUUAAAUAAGGUCUAAUAAAUUCAAUCAAAGUUAAA